AUGGCUACAGAGUACAAACGCCCAACGGGAUACCGAUGGCGCUCGUCAAAGUUUCUUAUUAUUGCAUGCGUUGCAAUUGCGCUAUUCACAGAGAAUUAUAUGUUUACCUUCAUCGUCCCAAUUCUUGAUUUCAUGUUAGAAGAUCGUCUGAAUGUCGACCCAUCUGACGCUCAGUACAUCACCUCUGCUGUGCUCUCCGUUCAUGCUCUCGUCUGUGUGAUUGUAGGACCCGCGACUGGCCAUUUAGCAGACAAGAUACCAUCGCGCAAAGGUUCUUUGUUGGUUUCACUGGCCUUCGAGCUGGUCGGGACAAUCAUUGUUGCAGCGGCAACUUCUGUCUCUGUUCUAAUCUGUGGCCGAAUAAUCCUGGCCAUUGGCGGCAACGCAGCAUGGAUUAUCGGCCUAGCAACUGUCGCCGAUACAGUUGGGUCAGACAAUACGGCAAAGACAUUAGGAGCCGUCUCUACCGUUUAUACAUCUGGUCUGCUUAUUGGUCCCAUGGUCUCUGGAUGGAUCUUGCCGCUAUUUGGUUAUUGGCCGACAUGGUCGACUGCAAUACUGGUUCUUGUUAUCGAUAUGCUUAUGCGACUGGUGAUUGUUGAGGCUCCCAAGGAAACGAAAGAUAACAGCGAGGCAGACAGUAGAGUCUUAUCAACCGACGGCCGGGACUAUGAGUCAUCAGGAGAUGUAGAAGCAACUGGAGCAGAGACCAGCCCCAACUCAGCUGAUGAGACGACUCCUCUAUUACAGUCACCAUCACAAGAUUAUCAUAUUUCCGAAACCGAGUCCCACACCACUGAUUUGGAGCAUACGCAGGUGGAAAGCCCUCCGAAUUUCUACCGGAUUGUGCUCGCUCAUCCUCGUGCUCUAACUGCCAUGUUAUGUCAUAUGGCUAGCGCUCUUGUCGUGACAAGCCUUGAUACAACUCUACCUAUACAUGUAAUACGAGAGUUUGGCUGGAAUACAGCGCAGACAAGCUUCAUGUUCUUCCUGGUUCAGAUACCUCAACUAAUACUAGGAAGCUUCACUGGCUGGCUCAAGGAUAUUUACGGCACUAAGAUUUUGACUGGUCUGGGAUAUUUGGUUACAGGAUUUCUGCUCUGGCUUCUGGGUACGCCCGGAAAAGACGGUCUUUCUUUUAUCGGUUCUGGACACAAAGGCCAGGUUAUCUAUUCGAGCACAUUGCUGGCUCUUGGUUUUGCGAGAAGUUUAACAAUUGGAACCGGAGUUCUUGAGAUAACGAGCGUCAUCAGAGAGAUACAGGAAGCAAACCCGGGUAUCUUUGGACCGAAUGGGGGAUAUUCUCGAGCCUAUUCGCUCACUAAUCUGAGCUGGAACUUCGGCCUGCUGGUUGGGCCGCUUUUGUCGGGUUCCCUCGCGGAGACAGUUGGAUACUACUAUAUGAACUUCACUUUUGGUAUGUCGAUAUGA